AUGGUCGGUGGCGUCCGUGCUACCGUCCUUCUGCCAUGUCUUCUCGAUGAAAAGAUUUACCUCAAGGGUCUCCUUUUGGACUCCAUGGAGCUCCUUUUCUGCUUCGUCUAUUUGCCGGAGACCUCUCCAGCUCUGGGCUGGGCUCAAGCGGUGUCAAUGUCCUUGGGUACGGGUCCUCGACAGUCCUUUCGUCUUCGCUCGUAG